AUGGAUGGGAUCGGCAGUUGUGUGAGUGGGUUAUCACUUGUGGACGGGAUCAGCAGCUGUGUGAGUGGGUUAUCACUUGUGGACCGGAACAGCAGCUGUGUGAGUGGGCUAUUACUAGUGGACCGGAUCAGAAGCUGUGUGAGUGGGUUAUCACUUGUGGACCGGAACAGCAGCUGUGUGAGUGAGCUAUUACUAGUGGACCGGAUCAGAAGCUGUGUGAGUGGGUUAUCACUUGUGGACCGGAACAGCAGCUGUGUGAGUGGGUUAUCACUUGUGGACCGGAACAGCAGCUGUGUGAGUGGGCUAUUACUAGUGGACCGGAUCAGAAGCUGUGUGAGUGGGUUAUCACUUGUGGACCGGAACAGCAGCUGUGUGAGUGGGUUAUCACUUGUGGACCGGAACAGCAGCUGUGUGAGUGGGUUAUCACUUGUGGACCGGAACAGCAGCUGUGUGAGUGGACUAUCACUAGUGGACCGGAUCAGAAGCUGUGUGAGUGGGUUAUCACUUGUGGGCCGGAACAGCAGCUGUGUGAGUUGGUUAUCGCUGGUGGACCGGAGCAACAGUUGUGUGAGUUGGUUAUCACUUGUGGACCAGAUCAACAGUUGUGUGAGUGGGUUAUCACUAGUGGACCGGAUCAGCAGUUGUGUGAGUGGGUUAUCACUAGUGGACCGGAUCAGCAGUUGUGUGAGUGGGUUAUCACUGGUGGACCGGAGCAACAGUUGUGUGAGUGGGUUAUCACCAGUAGUUAGUUACUGGUUAGUUAGUUAUCGUCAAUAG